CAUCAACGUCACGCCGUCCAGUUGUUGUUGUUUUUAUAAUUUCCCUUUGCACUUGCAUUUCUAUUUAGCCGAAUUAAAAAUGGUUUUUGUGAAGAACUGGGAGGACUUUGAAAUCGCCGCCGAGAACAUGUACAUGGCGAAUCCCCAGAACUGCCGCUACACGAUGAAAUACGUCCACUCCAAGGGCCAUAUACUGCUCAAAAUGACCGACAAUGUUAAGUGCGUGCAGUACAAGGCGGAAAACAUGCCGGACCUGAAGAAGAUCGAGAAGAUCACCAGCAACCUGGUGGGACAUAUGGCCUCCAAGGAGUAAAAACACGAACAGUCUUCAUUUUGGCCACGGCGACACUUCUGCCUUGCGGGCCAGCCAGCAACAACAAUGCGCACACACAUGUAAAUCAACCCCACGGCUGUUCUUGUUGUUGUUGCGAGGUCCCGGGCGUAUGUGCCAAUGUGUGUGCCAUCAAAACACCCGCAACUGAAUUUAGUUUUUAAGCGCGUUUGCCCCGCCAGCUUCGAAUGUGGCGAUCAGAGUAGUCUUUUAACGUUUUUAAACGACAUUUCAUAAAUGUCGGCUCUGUACACGUUGCGAACAUAGAUGGCAGGUGGAAAUUGUACAUACAAAAGUCCAUCUGCAAGGCGGCGGCGCGAAAAGAAAAGUUUUUGAAAAGAUUUACGAAACAAUUUUGUAUUUAUGUUAUUGUAAAUGUCAAGAAGUCGAACACACAUUUCCAUGAAAUGCUUCACAUGAAAUAAAACCAAGGGAUUAAAGCAGAACAA